UCGCCGCGCGCAACCCGUCCUCGCGCGAUUGUACAGUCGUACAGUCGUGACGUCGGCAGUUGCCAUGGAGAGGCCCGCUAGCUGGGGGCCGCGAGCUGGCGCCAGGGGCGGCAGGGUCGGAGCGUGGCUUUGAAGCCGCUUCCGCUACCACCAUGAGCGGCCGAAGUAGGGGUAAAAAGACCUCCCGCGCCAAAAGCCGGGGCAAAGGCCGCGGCAAAGCCCGGGUCCGCGCUGCUCCUGACGACGCCCCCCGCGACCCGGACCCGCCACAGUGCCAGAGGCUCGGGGAGGAAACCCAGGCGGCACAGGUGCAGGCUGGCGCGGGUUGGGGUGGCCUGGAAACCGCUGCGCCCGCGCCGUCCCGUCGGCCCGGGGAGGACGCUGCCUGCCGGCUCCCCCUGGACUGUGGCCUCGCGCUCCGGGCCCGAGCUGCGGGGGAUCGCGGGCAGGCCGCGACCAGGCCCAGCCUGGGGAAGGCCACAUCUCUCUCGGAGCGCCUAGCCGCAGACACUGUCUUCGUGGGAACCGCGGGAGCCGUGGGAAGGCCGAAAAACGGCCCCCGCGUUGGAAAUCGGCGUGGCCCUGCCGGGAGGAAGGCCCCAGAAACCUGUAGCACAGCGGGGAGGGCGCCUCAGGCCAUAGCUGGUGGGAAGCUGAAGAAGGGGGCCACAGGGGAGAAUGUCUCCCUCCCUGUGGUAGAGGAAAAGAAGGUGGAGAAGGAUGCAGGGUCAGGGCCCCUGGCGACAGAUGGCAGCAUGGAUACGCUGGAGACCGUCCAGCUGAAGCUGGAGACCAUGAACGCCCAGGCAGACAGGGCCUACCUUCGGCUGUCGCGGAAGUUUGGGCAGUUGCGACUGCAUCACUUAGAGCGCAGGAACCUCCUCAUCCAGAAUAUCCCGGGUUUCUGGGGGCAAGCUUUUCAGAACCACCCCCAGCUCUCGUCCUUUCUGAACAACCAAGAUAAAGAGGUUCUCAGCUACUUGAACAGCUUGGAGGUGGAAGAGCUUGGCCUUGCCAGAUUAGGCUACAAAAUCAAGUUCUACUUUGGGCGCAACCCCUAUUUCCAAAAUAAGGUGCUCAUCAAGGAAUAUGGGUGUGGUCCUUCGGGUCAGGUGGUGUCUCGUUCUACUCCAAUCCAGUGGCUCCCAGGGCAUGAUCUCCAGUCCUUAAGCCAGGGGAACCCUGACAACAGCCGUAGCUUCUUUGGGUGGUUUGCAAACCACAGCUCCAUUGAGUCUGACAAGAUUGUGGAGAUAAUCAACGAAGAACUGUGGCCCAACCCCCUGCAGUACUACCUUAUGAGUGAAGGGGCCCGUGCGGAGAAAGGAAAGGAGGGCAGACAAGGUCCAGCAAGGCAGCCAGUGGAGACCCCUGAGCCUGGGGCAAACAAGUCCAGCUGAUCCUGCACUAGUCUCCCUACUACCUCCUGUUGGACCUGUGCCUAGCUAACCACUCGUGUUUGGCUGUCUGUGUUCUCUUCAUGUUGGCCUCUGUGCACUGUAUUCCUUUUGGACUUCAGUUACAAGAAUAUGGUAUUUAUGAUCAUGUUCUUUUGCCUCCUGGUGGCCUUCUUGCUUUUUCACAUUAGUGUUACAUGUUAAAUGAUCUCACCCCUCCUGUUUAUAUGUUAAGCACACAUGCUUCAAAUGUGUGCUGCCUUUGUCUACAUUGCCUGGACCGUGUUCUUGGCUCUGGCCUUUCCCAGCCGUCUUUAACAUGGACACUUAUGAGUCAUCUUCCAAGAGGACAGUGCAUCCUCAAGCUCUGCUACUUCAGGGCCAGUGACUUGCUGAGCUUUGUGUUCAUGCUGGCCACGCAUGCCAUCUAUGGCCAGUUUUUCUGUUGCCACUGCAGAAUGAAGCUAGUGCGCAUGGUAUUGGCCAUCAGCCAAAACUGAUUGUCCAAAGCCCUGGGGUCACCGGCUUAGUUGCCACCACCGACUGGAUCUCUGACUUUGGCCAGGGGCCUCUGCUGCCCUGCUGGAUAUGCACAAUAGCGCUUGACUGCUGGGCGUGGAUGAGGUUAAGGGUGAGAAGCAGUAUGCCAUGUGUUCUGUACCAUCAUGUGUCUCUUCCUGCCUCUGGGCCAUUCUAUCGUUGAACAUUCGUCAAGGUCUAUACCAUGCCCUGUCACUGUCAGGCCAUUGAGACUUGUCUAGGUUGCUAUUGGCCCCAGUUGGCCUCCUGGUCAAUGAGGAUCCCAAGAAUUGCCUGUGGACCCAGGUCCCCUGCCAGUGCAUGAGACACACACCUACCCUCCUUAGCCUUCCAGGAACCCUGCUGCCUGCCAGACUGACGGGUGGGUGUGUGGACAUGUGCUCACUGUCAUCGUGCCAUGGCUCCAGGUGUGGCCUUGCGUAUGUGGAAGAUUGAUGCUCUAUGCUGCUUAUUUUGCCAUAAGUAAAAUCUUACCUCUUCCCCCAUUUUUGCCUAAUGGGAAGAUGUAACUGUGUAGGUCUGCUUUUUUCUUUUCUUUCCUUCUUUUCUUUUCUUUUUUUUUUUUUUAACUUUUUGCUCUUUAUUAUGGACAUUUUCAGACAUGCACAGAAACGGAGAGGAUGGUACCUGCACCCUGGUACCCAUCACCUAGCUACGUCAAUUAUGAUCAACCUGGUAUCGUCCUCUCCCCACCUGUAUUGUUGAUGGAAAAUCCGACACUGUGCCGAUUCAACCUUGACUGGUCUGGGAGAUCAGGACUCUCUUCUGGUGGUGAUAGUGGUGGGGGUCACUGUCGUGAUCACAUCAGGUCUGCUUUUUGUUUUGAAUGUUAACUAAUGAAGUUCCAGAAAUGGGCCUUAGAAGUGAAAGUCUUCGGGAUAAACAGGGAGUCUCAAAAAGAUAUGAAAAGAUGCUCCCUUUCCCCUGUAUCCACAAAAGGAGAGAGAGAGAGACUGUUCUGUUGUAAAUCUUUCGAAGACUGAUACGAUAAGGUGCUUAUUUGAGACCCUUCACCAGAAUAUCAGUCUUUUUUGCCUGUGAAAGAUGGAGACUUGUGUGACCAUUAGAAAUAUCAUCACCUUGUCCUGGUCUCAUAAUAUAACUGGUCUUGGAAGUAUAAUUUGGAAAUUGUUUCUGUGUUCUGAGAAAAUAACCUCCCCAAAGCAAUCAGUUACUGGUUGUCUUACUGGUAAUUUGACACCUUGGUAAUAAUGCAAUUAUUCCUUUGUUCCUAAACAGUAUAAAUAGUUGUAAGCUUGCAUGCAUGAUGGAAAAAUAAAAGCCUGUAUCUCUGUUAUAUUUUUUAUUUUAAAAAAAGAAUUGGAAGGUGAAGCUGAGCUAGGUAGUUGAGGGGAUGUAUACAUUGGACUCCAAGAGUGAUUCCUAGGUCUUAGGCCCUGGUGUGACAAGUUGCAUAACAAUAUAUAAAAUUCUGAUUCUCACGCCUUUAGCAGAGAUUGAAAUUCUGUUUUUGGUUCUGGGAGGAAGCCCGGUAGUUCUUGUUUUUAACGAGUUUUCCAGGUGAUUUUAGUGGAAAUCCAGUGUUUCUCAAAUUUUAGAGUACCUCUGAAUUGUGUGAGGAAUCCUGUUAAAGUGUGAAUUCUGAUUCAGUUGUCCAGGCUGGAACCUGAGAUUCUGCGUUUCUAACAAAAUUCCAGGUGAUGCCAGUGCUGGUGGUUUGUGAACUGUACUUUGAGUAACAAAGGAGGUGACGUUCAAGUCCCAUUCAGACUAGAGCAGCAGUGCUCAGACUUCGUUGCACAUUAGAAUUAUCUGGGAAACUUAAAUAUACUGCCAGAGCUCUGCACAAAUGCCAACUAAAUCAGAAUGUGGGAAGGGGUUAGUCCAGGUGUAGGUGUUUUAGAAACAUCCCACGUGAUUGUGUUGUCUAGCCAGAGUUGAGAACUGGGGUCUCUGAUGCUGUUCAUAACACAUAUGUAAGAAGGUUAAUUCUAUUCAUCAAGGGAAGCAGCAGCAGACAACAAAAGGCCACGAAAAGCUGCCCAGCAGAAAAUAGUUGGAAAAAAUUAGAAGUGGAUUGUUAAAUGACAAAAAAUAAAAUUGGUUUAUAUGAUAAA